AAAAAAUAAAUAAAAAAUAAAAUUCAAAUACUGUGAAUGUGCUUUUAUGGGAACCAUUGGGGGAGUUGAAGGAGGCAAAGAGAUGUAGAUGUAGAAGGAGGCAAGAGGAAAUAGACAAACACAGAGUAACAUUAAACAGAUUUCCCUGUGUUGUGGUAGUGUCCACCAGACCCUAGGGGAGUCUGGAUUGAAUUGAAUUGUCAACCUCAAACAAGAGAAAUGGGCUCACCACUCCACUCUUCCAUCUCUAUGGCCUUUGCUGUGAGGGACAUACACACCAAGACCCCACUGGCUCAUGCUUCCUCAGUUCCAGGGGUGUGAGAGGGGCAUCUUCUGACCAUUGGAAGCCAAAGACCACUAGAGAUAGCAGCAGGGACAUGGACAUGAUAAAAAUCAUCAUAGAGGACUGAGCAAAGAUGCCAACAAUGUGGGCCCUGGGGCAGAUGAGUAAGGAGGCCUACGGUGGUGAUGGGGAGAACACAAUUGAUUCUCAAGAAAAACAGAAGCUGUGGCAGACCUCUUUUUGCAACAAUUGAGUCAUGUCCCCCUGCCAGCUGGCAGGGUCCCUCCCUGCUACUGGGAAGGUGGCCAAAGGGAACCCCGGUGUAUUAACAUGAAAGGUAGGGGAAGCUUUGAUUUCAAACUGAGUAUUGCACUUUAUUUUUUUAAUGAAAUUUUUGGGUGUUGUUUUUUUUUUUGCAAAGAAUGGAAAGCCAGAUAUAGAUGCAAUGAUGAAAUAUUGAUUCUGCCUCUUUUCCCAUCUGUGAAGAUCUGUAUUAUGUCGAUAGAACCCCCAGCCUAGAGCAUCUGCUAUUUUAAGUCUAGAGGAAGAUGGAUGUGCCUUCCCUCCACCCUCCAGAUGAAAGUCAAUACUCGUGUAUUAGCUUGAGCUGUUUCUCCUCUGUGAGGUAGUUGGCUUCAAAGGGGGUUUCCAAACUCCAGCAGCUCCCAGAAAGUUUGUGUAUUUCUUCACUGACAUCACAUAAAUGGGAACAACUAGGGGAAGGUGGGCUGACUAUGAGGGGAAGGCAUGGGCUGCCCACGCCUGCUCCUGAAUCAAGAAACACAUGCAAAUAAAAGCCAAAACACCACCCAUAAACAAAUCUGGGAGAAGCUCUCAUACUGUCAUUAGCAUCACACUGGUUGUUCCUUUGUUUUCCAGAAGAGUAACAUUAAAACAGCAAAAAAGAACAAGAAUCACCCCCAUGCUUGUUAGGCACUCAGCAGAGGAGAGGAACAAGGACUUAUCCUGGCUGUGGACAUCUGCUGUGUUUGCUGGCCCCACACUGACUGGCACAGAAAGACCAGAGAAAGAAGAGGACUCCAAGGACUUGAUGCCCACAGAGAGGAAGUCCAAUUGGCGGUCAGCCGAGGAGAGGCGAAUGUCGGACCUCACUCGGGUGUUGGAAUGGAUGGAGCGGAGACAAGGAAAGAGGAGGUCAGUCUUCCAGAAGUAUAAACUCAAAGACCCAAGCACCUCUAAAGCAAGGAGGAAGGAGGAAGCAAAGACAUCUGAGAAGAAAAGCAAAACAGGUCCCGCAGUGGUGCAGAAAGGCAAGCCUCUGCAGCUGCCCUUAUCAGAGCAGAAGGAAGAAGCAACAAGCUCCAGGAGGGAGGAGGAUGGUGCUACGACAUGGAAGGGGAAGGGGAAACAGUACUUCAUCACCUCCCUCUAUUCCUAUGGCAAGGAAGUGGCCCAGAAGUCUGAUGCAGAGAUCAAGGAGACAAUGGCAGCUGCAGAUGGCUCCCAGCGGCCAUUCCGAAGACAAAGCUUCGUGGAGCCAUCACUACAGGAAAUCUUCUACAUCAACCGGAGGUCCACCCUCCUGAGGGAGUGGGCUGGCAAGACGACAGAAAAUGUUUAUGAGCGCAAGCUGAAGAGCCUCAUGGAGAAAGGCCAAGAGCCCAAAAUUGAUUCUGUGAGAAUGCUGAAGCCAGAUGAGGUGCUGAGCUGCCGAUACUUGAGGCUGUCUAAGAACAACAUCAAGACACUGCUUAAGCUCUGCAAGGACGCGGGCAUGGAAGUGGACAUCCACCCCCACAUGGUGGAGGCGGAGAUAGACGCCAAGAAGGUGUUCCCCGGGAACCCCACCGUGGCCCUCUGAAUAUAUUGCUUACACUCUG